GUAAGCCCCCUGCCUCUGUCAAUGGUUCAUGUUGGUGUGGUCUUGUGAUCCUUGUCAAUUGUGCAUUAUCCAUUUUCCAGUGUCAAACUUCAGUUCUGCCUACCAAAAGACUGCAGACGGAGAGAGCGUAGUGACAGAGCCUUACUGUCUGGAUUUGGUUACUAAUUGCCGUGAUACCAGGCUGGCAAGAAGAGGAUUUCUUGUGACUUAUAGUCUUAGCCAAUUUUACGGCGAUUUGCAGCAAACUGGACUCACCGCAUAUGAAGUGGAUAUGACAGCAAUCAUCGAUGAUUUCAUGGUGGAAGUGAAUGCAGAUGGUAAAUAUGUGGUGGAGGUGUAUGAUGUGCGGCCCGACACAAGAUACUUCCUAUAUGGCAUUAACUCUGAUUCCCCUGACUUGUACGGGGAGGAGGUUGUGUCACCAUUGGUGUUGGACAGUCAACGGUCCUACACGUUUCAUUGCAGGCACAGACAACAAGACAUCAUUCCUUCUAUCGCUGUCAAAUGGACCUCAGUCGCCUUUCUUGUUGUCCUGGCCCUGAAUCUGCUCUUGAUUUGCUACACACGAAUGGAUGGUGCACAGAAGGAGUUUGCCGACGUGCGAAGCCGCAAAGAGGAGAUGGAGGCCCUGAACAUUGCCCUUAAGGAUGCAAAUAAGGCCAAGGACAUCUUCCUUGCCACCAUGUCACGCGAACUACAGGCUCCUGUUGCCAACAUUGCCGGGUUUUUGCAGUCCUUGAAGCAGACGGAGUUGGAUCCUUCUCAAGCAGACUUUUUGGGUGAAGCUUUGUCAAGCUGCAAAGGACUUAUGAGGCAUAUGGGGUACAUUAUGGAUCUGACUGACCUAGAGGCAGGAAGGUUAACUACUAAUUAUCAGGUUUUCGAUAUCAGAGAGCUGGUUGAUGAGAUCAUGGAAGACUAUGUGCAGGAGGCUCGCGAGAAACCAGAUGUCGAGGUCGCGGCAGUGGUGCAUGAUGCGGUCCCAGUGCUUGUGGUUGGGGAUAAUGGAAAGAUUCGACAGGUUAUUGAGAGCUUAAUUAGUAACUCACUGAAGUUCACGAAUGUAGGACAUAUCUUUAUCUGCGUACGGCUUGGAUCGGAUGACCUACUAGGUGCACAUCGUAUUGCAUCACUGACUGGAUCACAUGGAAGCAUGAAUCAAUCGUUUGCUGGCAAUGCCUUGAGUCCCCAAAAGCUGGAGGACGAGAGUUUUAUGGAGAUGUCUUUCACCGCCCGGAGACCCGAGAGUUAUACCGACAUGUCUUUCACCAGCCGCAGAGCGGAUCCUUCUAGGGGAAGUGUAGGUUCGCUAGGGAUAUUUCAUCGAGGCCUUCGGAGCUCUGGAACAUGGGCGAACCUGCAACAAAUUUUUGACUACAAUGUAUCGCCUAUUCGACCUACACCAACUGGAGCGGAGAACACUUUCCAUGUCAUCUUUUCUGUGGAGGUGUGUCAGUCCAAGAACCACCGAAACCUUUUCUGCCCUUUGCAUCCAGGUUGUACCAUGGAGCCGGUAUCUUCUUCAUGUCCUCAUUUAAUCCUCAAUAAUCGUGAAUAAUGUCUCAUUGCCAUGAACGUUA